AUGAACAGCAGCGAACUUUCUCAGCAACUUAAUGAUACACCAAAUAAAGCACAGCAUAUUAUUUUUGAAUAUCCAGAGUCUUUGAAACCUUACCGACCUACUUUAAACUCGUGGUUUGCCUCUCUAUUUGCUGUUGCUUUUGGUUUCCCAUUAGACUCAGUUAAAACUAGACUGCAAACUUAUAAGUAUAACGGAAACUGGCACUGUAUUGUUGAUACUUAUAAGAAUGAAGGAAUUCUCGGAUUUUAUCGAGGUCUAAUGGCGCCAUUGAUUUCUUCUUCUCUUAUGAGAUCCUGGUCAAUGUCAAUGUUUACUUACUCUAAACCAUAUACCCACUCUUUUUGGUCAGCGUUGUAUGAUCCACCCCCACUUAUCGAAUAUCAAGCUAAGACUUAUGAGAAACUACAGCCCUCGGAUGAGAAAACCACGCAACCAUUUUCAGGCUCUAAAAUAGGGUAUAUCCUUAGACAAUACCCGGUUUCUUUUUGUUCCGGCAUGAUUGCAGGUAUCAGUACAUCUUUUAUCGCUAGUCCUUUUGAGCUCACAAAAUUGGGGUCUCAAAUUGAAUUAGUCAUAAGACGACGAGCGCUUGAGCUAGAGGUCGUAAGAGUCUCUGGCCAAACUCAUGUUUCUCCGACUGCUGCUGCAUCAAAAGUUUUUCCAAAUGGUAUGAAGCCUGAAGAAUUAGUCAAACCUUCGGGAACUUUUAGCAUUGCUCGAAAACUGAUUAAAAACAAUGGGUGGCUCAGCUUAUACUCAGGCUACAGAUAUAUGUUUGUUCGAGAUGCUAUUGGCUCCGGUGUUUAUUUUGGAGUUUAUGACUCUAUUCGGACAGCUGUUUCGUUAGUUCUAUUUAAUACACCAGAACCACAUCCAGUUUCUGUUGCAAUAGCUGGUGGUCUUUCUGGUGCUUGUUCUUGGGUUAUUGUUUACCCCCUUGAUACUAUUAAAUCAAGAUAUCAACGUGAUGUAAUGACUUACGUAUUUUUAAAGACUGCACCUAUGGAAGGAGGCGCCAACUUGAACCAACCUGCUUUCCCCCAGCGCCCGAAAAUAGAACUUUCUGCCUUGUUUAAUAAAGCAAUGUACCGUGGUCUGGGGAUUUCUCUAGUUCGAACUAGUAUUUUGGGAAUGACAAUGUUUUCCUGUUACGAAAAACUUAUGAAAAUCACCGCCUAA